UUUACGAGCAGAGCAAAGUGUAAACAAUCACAUGUGGAAAAAGAAACUGCGCUGAAGUUAAUUUUCAUUUUAUUUGUUAUAAUUUAAAAUUAUAAAAUAAUUUAUGACUCGUGAGUUAAAAACGAGCAGUAAACAAAUUAUUUUAUUUAUGACAUAAAUUUUUUGAAAUUUAAAUAUAAAGUAAUGGAUUCAACAUCAGCUAACGAUGAUGACAACAAAAUACCACCAGAAAAUAUGAUCGUUCUGGUUAAGUGUGACAAGGAAAACUCCGAGUUACAAGAUAUUUAUGUCAACAAAAAUAAUUAUAAAAUUGGUAGGGGACGUGAUUGCAAUGCUCAUAUUCUUGAUGUUCUUAUUUCAAGAAAUCAUUGUAUUCUUAAAUUCAAUAAUGAGACUGAACAAUGGAGCAUUACAAAUUUAAGCUCAACUGGAACAAAGCUAAAUGAUGAUAUUUUAGAUAAAGAUAAACCUCAGGUUCUUCAGAUAGGAGACUUUAUUAAAUUCAGUGAAUCAAAUAAAUUUAAGUUUUAUGUUAAAGAAUUUAUUGAAAACGGGCCAAAGAUUAAAAAACAACGUCUUGAUGAAUCUGUUUUUAAUGAAGAAAUUAAGAGACAGAAAGCUUUUGCAGAAGAACAGGAAUUGAAGAGAAGAGAAAUGGAAGACCAGCUUAUGAAUAAACAAAAAGAACAAGAAGAAUUGAAAACUCGAUUAGAUGAGUUAUUAAAAUGCCAACAAGAAGCAGAAGGAAAAAGUGAAGAGCAACAUGAGCUGAUAAAACAACUUGAGGAUAAAAUAAAAAGUGGAAAUGAAAUUGAAACACAACUUCAACAAAAUUAUAAUCAUCUUUUGUCUACGGUUGAAGCUCAGAAACAACAAUUUGAACAACUAUUAGAUGCUGAAAGACUUAAAUGGCAGCAGACAUUGGACAUGACUAAACAGGAAAAAGAAGCUAUGGAGAAAAAAAUGUUGGAUGAUAUGGCGACAUGGAGAGCUAAGCAAAAUGCCGAGUGGACUACUGUCGUUGAUGACUUGGUGAAAAAAGAAAAGGAUAUCCAGAAAAAAUUAGCUGAUGAAAAAGCUUUACUUGAACAAAGAUUGAUUGAGGCUGAAAGAGCUUUGCAGGAAAAAACUGUUCUUGCUGAACAACUACAAAACACUGUACAAAAUCAACAAGUUAUCGUAGUUGAAAUAGCAGCACAAGAAGAAUCUCUCGAAACUAUUGAUCUGACUAAAGAUGACAUUCGACCGGGUUCAUCCAAAUCAAAUAGUGCAAUAGUUGACAAAGUUGGAAACAUAUUGGACGAACAAUUGACGUGUCAAAUAUGUUCAGAACUUUUCGUCACAGCAGUAACUCUUCACUGUUCUCAUACAUAUUGCCAGUAUUGUAUAUAUAUGUGGAUGAAAAAAAAGCGUGAAUGUCCAAUUUGUCGUGCAGUAAUUACAACAAUUUCAAGAUCACUAGUGUUGGAUAACUUUAUUGAACAAAUGGUCAAUGAUCUGUCUACUCAUCACAAAGAACGUAGAAGAGAAUUAGUAAAUCAGCAUAAAGCUGCGUGCCGUAAAAUGGGUUUUGGAAAUAUCAAUCCAAGAAAAAAAGCAGUGCGUGGACGUCCGUAAUUUUUAUAUUAAAACAAAACAAAUCUCAGGAAAAAUUUUAUAGCUUUCAUUUUAAUUUUAUAAUUAAGCCAAUUAAGUAAUUAAUAGUUAAUUAUUUAUAGUUCUUGGAAUAUUUAGACGAUAUUAAUUUAGACAUAAAACAAAAAAUUAUUUAAAUUUAAAAAUAUUAUGAAAGACAAAAUUUUUAUAAUAUCAAUUAUCUGAAAUAUUUAUUUUAUAUUGUUCUAUUAUUUAUUAAAAUUAUAAAAAAAUACAAGUAUUAAUAGGUAGUCAACUUGUAACAUGUAUUUAAAAAAAGUUUAUCGUUAAUGUUAUUAAAAUAUAAGCCAAAUAAUAUGAAUACUCAAAUCUUGAGAAAAUAAUUAUUAUUUUAUACGGCAUGUUUAUUUAUUUAUUUUGAAGGCUAUCGUCUUUUACGU